AUGUCGUUAAUCAACUUUGUCGGAGGUCUAUCCAAGCUGCGUCUUCUAGUUGGCUGUCGAACGGAAACGUUUUCAGCGAUUGAAUUAGGCUUUGUUAAUAUUGUGAAAGAGCUGUUAAUAUUCGGGACUGGUCCCAACACUGUUUUAGUUCCGUCUCUAUCUCCGUGUAAGAAGGAAGAUAAUGUGUGCCUUUUGAAAUUGUCUAAGGCUAUUUAUGCUCUGGCUGUGGUCGGAAACCCUGAACUGCAGAUCGAGUCUUCGGACCCUCUUCAGCGUGACGAAAUCAUCGGUAACCUUGGUGUCAUCAACUAUAAGCUUUUUAACAACACAUGCCUCGGUUACAAGCGUUGCGAAGUACUAAAUUCAAAAUAUAAUUUUGAAAAAUCUCAUGUUGAGUUUGAGCUCAGAUGUCCAGAAUUUUACAUGGAUGGAAUAUACGAAAUUGAUGGAAAACUUCUUGGUGUGCCAAUUCAAGGAAAAGGACCCUAUUGGAUUCGUUGCAAGGACUACUUAGUUAAUGUAGACGCCGAAACUACUAGAGUUGUCGGGGAAGAUAACAAAAUGCAUCUUGCAAUUAAAAACUUUAAAGUAAAGGCUGAUCUGAGAGGAGGCAUGGAUCUUCAACUCGAUAACCUAUUUAAUGGAAACAAACAAUUGGCCGAUCCUGUAAAUAAUUUAAUAAAACUAAAUUGGAGUCCUGUUGCUAAGAUAUUACAAGAACCGACAUUCAACGGCAACUUGAAGACGCUGUUCAAGAAUUUCAACAAGUAUUUAAAACUCAUACCCAUUGAAAACAUAAUCCUGGAUUAA